AUGCCGUACGUGAAAGAUGCCCCGGGCCUUCGAAGGCAGCUCGAGAGUCUUCCGGCUGCAGAGCGCGAAGCCGCCGUGAAGCCGUUCCUGAUGCCGCCGCGCGUCCGCAAGUCCUCUGUCAGAGGCCGCAAGGGCAGCUCGAAGCCCGUCCGGCGGUUUCUAAAGUCGAAGCUCUACUAUCUCCUAUAUUUCCUCAUACACAUCGUCUUCAGCAUCUACUCGCGGAUACGCCAGAGCUAUUAUGCAGUCGUGGAUCGAGUGCUCGCGAUUUUAUAUUAUCACCAUCGGACGCCUGAGCUGAUCCGCAAAGACGUCCGGGGGUUGGACAGGCUACCAGAGCAUCUCAGCGUGGUGCUGACACUUAGAAGGGAUGAAGAUGCUCUGGAGACGCUCAUGGAUGAGGUUGCUGAGCUGACGGCCUGGAGUUCGUGUGCUGGUAUUCCUGCGUUGAGCAUCUACGAGAAGACAGGUAUCUUGAAAUCGCAUAUUCCAGCUCUACACAGGAUCAUCACCAGCAAACUCGACACUUAUUACGGACCGCCUUCCCAUCAGCCUUCGUUAGGCUUAUUUGCACCCCACCACCCGCUCUACGCUCCGAAACUCGUCCCCCAAGCAGCAAAGUCGAACAUCGAAAACAUAACCGUCCUUCUCCUCUCGAGCACAGAUGGAAGGGAAACCCUGGUUGAUCUCACAAAAACCCUGGCCGAGAUGGCACAGCAUGGCAAGGUCUCGCCGCAGGAUAUCGGUAUCAAGCUGAUUGAUGCAGAGCUUGCUGAGAUGAUGACCAUUCCUGCCCCCUCGCCCCAGGAACCUGGCCAUGAGACCAACGGCACCGAGUCUCCGUCCGGAAGCUUGCCAACUCCAUUAAUCAAGGCUGAGCCCGACCUGAUCCUUAUCUUUGGGCCUUAUGUUAAGCUGGAUGGUUACCCACCUUGGCAAAUUCGGUUGUCAGAGAUAUUCUGCACGGGAGACCACACCACUGGCAUUGCCGGCGAGGUGGAGGCUGUAGAGUAUCAAAGAUUCAUUAAGGGACUGUGGAAGUAUGCCAGAGCCGAAAUGAGAUUCGGACGAUAG